AUCAAACCUCGUGUUGCCGCUUCCCAGUCUACAGCUUCGCCCUGCCAAAUCAGCAUUCCGUAUCUCUCAUCUAUAGCAGAAGACAAGAUGACAGCCAACCAGCCACACGACUUGGACUCACCUCCCAAACCACCGCAGCAGCGAGCGAACUCAACGGUGCUCUGCCGCAGCAACUUCCGCCCUCCCACGAAUCUCCAGAUGUCUGCAAUCUGCCUUCUAGCCUUCACAACUGGCCUGGCCGAGGUCUCUUCAUCGAGGUUGAUACCCCUUUCGCCUCCAUUAGAGAUGUACAUCCUCCCUCUCUUCGCGAGCCCUUCCACAUGACGAGAAAACCGCUACUAAACCAACAACCAGCCAUGUAUCCCUCCUCGGGACGAGCACCUCCUUCAUUCUGGGAAGCAUCAUGGCGGCAGCCUUGGCAGAACCAGUCCUCCAAUCCAUCCCGUUACAGACCAUCCUGCCCGUUCUGGCGGUGGCCCCAAACCUACUAGCACUACUAUUAGACACCGUUGCCGUGACGAGCGUUCUGCUCCUGCCGGGAAAAGAAACGGCGGCGCCAUUCAACACGCUCAUUACCGUCCUCUCUGCCCAUCUUCGCGGGUUCACCAGCUGCCUUGGCAUGACGGUGGCCAAUCUCUUGUGUACCGGGCUCCGCGGUGAUCGGACGACUGCUGCUGCCGCGCUUGGGGCUGUACAUGGGAUUUUUGGGCUGGGGAUCGCGGUGGGUUUGUUGUUGACUGGGCCGGACAUGGAGAUACUAUGGAUGGGGAUGGUGGAGAAAGGGUCGGCCGCAGACGGGAGAAACGCACAUCGCCUCCAGAUCGGUACGCUCGUCUUGGGGGUAAUCGACGCGUGUGUUUUGAGGUUCGCCUUCAGACCACCAAAAGGGCAGAGCGGCGAUGACGGCGGAGGCGACGAGGGGGAAGAGGAAGCGGGUCGCUCCUUGGCGGGAACAAAAUUCGGAGGCUUGGAGAUCCGGGAGCACACCAGAUUCAUGAUGCCAACCGUCUGUAAGGAUUCACACGGCUUUCCACCGCCCGCAAGCCGCACAACCAUCCUCGGUGCCCUUUUUGCUUUCGCCUAUCAGGCGGGAACAGUUAUCAUCCCCGUCUGGGCCGUCUCGGUUGUCGGCCACUCCAGGGACCGAAACCCGCUUGGCAGCAUACACACAACGCUGAGCUUCCAGGGGAGUCUUGCCCUUGGCCAGCUGGUCCUCUUCCUAUUCGGACCACGGCUUGGCGAAAGGCGAAUCGUGACAGGCGCUCUAGUGCUUGUUUCCAUUGCUCACGGCUUGGUCUGGCUCGUGCUGAAUGACACGGAGUAUGCGGUGCCGGUAGCGGUAUUUACUGGUCUUCUGCUGGCCCCGGUAUACCCCUGUGCGUUGGCGGGUUUCCUGCAAAACCUGAGCGAGCGUGAACGGGUGAGCGGAGUGGGCAUCAUUACCGGGUUUGCGAACUCGGGCCUGGCAACGGCCCUGCUUCUCGCCGGCUCGGUUGAGGACUGGAUUAGUCCACUCGCACUACAACUGAUUUCAGCUGGGACCAUCAUUGUUAUGCUCCUCUGUUGGCAUCGUACCUUGUCGGCGGCAGGACAAGCCAGCGAAUUGCCCCGCCUUAGCUCGUCAAACUGAUGUUCAGAUCACCUUGGGAUAGGAAAUAUUGUGCUAUAUUCUAGCGUGGUCAUGUAUAAAGGCUCUAAGUGCGGAAGAAAGGUCUAGUAAUCUAUACGUCUAUAUGGUAAGAUAUGUAUCCAAGUGAAAGCUCACCACCCGGUUGAAGAGAUCACGCUCAGUCCCUUCCAGUGGCAGCCUGCUUGACGGUGAUUCGACCAGCCACAAUCUCCUUGACCGUGGCUAGGAUGUCUGAAAAGUUCUGAAAUGUUUUGAAC